CGCUCGAAAUGGCUCGUACCAAGCAGACCGCUCGCAAAUCCACCGGUGGCAAGGCGCCCCGCAAACAGUUGGCCACCAAAGCCGCUCGUAAAAGUGCCCCGGCCACUGGAGGAGUCAAGAAACCCCAUCGUUAUCGUCCCGGCACCGUCGCCCUUCGUGAGAUCCGUCGCUACCAAAAGUCGACCGAGCUUCUGAUCCGCAAGUUGCCAUUCCAGCGCUUGGUCAGAGAAAUCGCCCAGGAUUUCAAGACCGACUUGCGUUUCCAGAGCUCGGCCGUCAUGGCCCUUCAGGAGGCCAGCGAGGCUUACUUGGUGGGUCUUUUCGAAGACACCAACCUGUGCGCCAUCCACGCCAAGCGAGUCACCAUCAUGCCAAAAGACAUCCAGCUCGCUCGCCGUAUUCGUGGUGAACGUGCCUGA